UGGGAGAGUCGGCUCUCAGGGACCUGAGCUGGAUUCAUCUGCAACUCCUAUAAACACAGUGGACGUCAGUAAUGAGAGCUCUUCCGAGGGCUUCAUUUGUCCCCAGUGUAUGAAAUCCCUUGGAUCUGCUGAUGAACUUUUCAAACACUAUGAAGCAGUCCACGACACUGGCAAUGAUUCCAGUCAAGGAGGAGAGGCUCAUCUCACUCUGAAGCGAGAUGAUAUAACGCUGCUCAGACAAGAGGUCCAAGACCUACAGGCUUCGCUUAAGGAGGAAAAAUGGUACUCAGAAGAAUUAAAGAAAGAAUUAGAGAAAUACCAAGGGCUACAGCAGCAAGAGGCCAAACCUGAUGGCGUGAUGACUGAUUCAUCAGCAGAACUGCAGUCUUUGGAACAACAAUUAGAAGAAGCCCAAACAGAAAAUUUUAAUAUUAAGCAAAUGAAAGAUUUAUUUGAGCAGAAAGCAGCCCAACUUGCUACUGAAAUUGCAGAUAUAAAGUCAAAAUAUGAUGAAGAAAGGAGUCUUCGAGAAGCUGCUGACCAAAAAGUGACACAUCUGAUGGAAGAGUUAAACAGAGAGGUGGCUGUGAUUCAAGAUCUGAAGACUGAGCUGCUACAGAGACCUGGUAUAGAAGAUGUUGCUGUGCUGAAAAAAGAACUAGUCCAAGUUCAGACAUUAAUGGAUAACAUGACCUUGGAACGUGAGAAAGAAUCUGAAAAACUCAAAGAUGAGUGCAAAAAGUUACAAGCAGAGUAUGCUAAUUCAGAGGUCACAAUAAACCAGCUAAGGAGUGAACUUGCCAAAGGCCCCCAGGAAGUUGCUGUAUAUGUCCAGGAACUACAAAAACUAAAAUGUUCUAUUAAUGAAUUAACACAAAAAAAUCAGACCUUGACAGAAAAGUUGCUGAAGAAAGAACUGGACUAUAGCAAGUUAGAGGAAAAACACAGUGAGGAAUCUGUGAGCAGGAAGAACAUCCAGGCAGCCCUUCACCAGAAAGACCUGGACUGCCAGCAACUCCAGUCAAGACUGUCAGCAUCAGAGGCCUCCCUGCAGAGAGCACAGGCAGAGCUGAGUGAGAAGGGAGAAGUCACCCAGAAACUCAAGGAGGAGCUGUCUGAGGUGGAGACCAAGCACCAGCAUCUGAAGGCAGAGCUUAAACAGCUGCAACAGCAGAGGGAAGAGAAGGAGCAACUGGGGCUGCAACUGCAAAGCGAAAUCAAUCAGUUACACAGCAAACUUCUGGAGACAGAGCGCCAACUCGGGGAAGCUCAUGGGAGGCUGAAGGAGCAGAGGCAGCUUUCCAGCGAGAAGUUGAUGGAGAAGGAACAGCAAGUGGCCGAUUUGCAGCUUAAACUCUCCCGUCUGGAAGAACAGUUGAAGGAAAAAGUAACACACUCUACAGAAUUGCAGCAUCAACUGGAUAAAACAAAGCAACAGCAUCAAGAACAACUAGCUCUUCAGCAAAGCACGACAGCAAAGCUUCGAGAAGCUCAGAAUGAUUUGGAACAAGUACUGCGUCAAAUUGGUGACAAGGAUCAAAAGAUCCAGAACCUUGAAGCCUUAUUACAAAAGAGUCAAGAAAGUAUUUCAUUACUAGAAAAGGAAAGAGAAGAUCUCUAUGCCAAAAUUCAGGCUGGUGAAGGAGAGACUGCUGUUCUUAACCAGCUACAAGAAAAAAACCACACCUUACAGGAGCAGGUCACUCAACUGACAGAGAAGUUGAAGAACCAGUCAGAAAGCCAUAAACAAGCCCAGGAGAACUUGCACGACCAGGUCCAGGAGCAGAAGGCACAUCUCCGAGCUGCCCAGGACCGUGUCCUUUCACUAGAAACCAGUAUCAGCGAGUUGACCAGUCAGUUAAACGAAAGCAAGGAGAAGGUUGUCCAACUUGACAUCCAGAUUAAAGCCAAAACUGAAUUAUUGCUGUCAGCAGAAGCAGCAAAAACUGCCCAAAGAGCUGAUCUUCAGAAUCAUUUGGACACAGCUCAAAAUGCAUUACAAGAUAAGCAGCAGGAGUUAAAUAAGGUCACUACUCAGUUGGAUCAGGUCACUACAAAGUUACAAGACAAGCAAGAGCAUUGCAGUCAACUGGAGAGUCAUCUUAAAGAAUAUAAAGAAAAAAAUCUCUCUUUAGAACAGAAAACUGAAGAGCUGGAAGGGCAAAUUAAGAAACUAGAAGCUGAUACUGUUGAAGUUAAGGCCAGCAAGGAGCAAGCUUUCCAGGAGCUACAGAAGCAGAAACAGCUGAACUCAGAUUUAGAGCUCAGGGCUGCAGAAUUGAGCAAACAGCUUGACAUGGAGAAAGAAACAACAUCCAAUACAAAACUGGAUCUACAGAAAAAAUCUGAAGCCCUUGAAAAUAUCAAGCAAAUGCUCACCAAGCAUGAGAAAGAAAAGUUAAUACUGAAACAAGAAUUUGAAAAUUUAAGUCAAGAUGCAAAGUUGCAGCACAAGGAAUUGAAUAACAGAAUCCAAACAACAGUAGCAGAACUACAAAACGUGAAAAUGGAGAAAGAAGCUUUAAUGACGGAACUCUCUACAGUAAAAGAAAAAUUAUCAAAAGUUUCUGAUUCUUUGAAAAAUUGUAAAAGUGAAUUUGAAAAGGAGACUCAGAAAGGAAAAGCUGCUGUGUUAGACUUGGAGAAAACAUGCAAAGAAUUAAAGCAUCAACUUCAAGCACAGACGAAAAGCACACUUAAGGAGCAGAAUGAACUGAAAAAGUCACUAGAAAAAGAAAGGGAGACUUCUCAUAUGUUGAAAUUGGAACUCAGUUCAGUGCAGGAACAAGUUGUACAGACCCAGAGUGCUUUGAAACAAAAGGAAAAAGAACAACAACAACUUCAGGGGAGCCUGAAUGAGCUAAAGCAAUCAACCGAACAGAAGACAAAACAGAUCGAAGCACUCCACGGAGAAGUGAAAGCUGCUGUUUCACAGAAGACAGAACUUGAGAAUAAACUACAGCAGCAGGCAACACAGGCAGCCCAGGAACUUGCAUCAGAGAAAGAAAGAACAGCAGUAUUGCAAGGCACCUAUGAGAAAAGUCAAGAAAGUCUAAAGCAGCUUCAGUCUGAUUUCUACGGAAAGGAAUCUGAACUUCUAGCCACGAGGCAAGACCUGAAGUCCGUAGAAGAGAAGCUUUCUCUAGCCCAGGAAGACUUGAUUUCAAACAGAAAUCAAAUUGGAAACCAAAAUAAAUUGAUUCAAGAACUGAAGACUGCCAAGGCUGCCCUGGAACAAGAUUCCGCAAAGACAACGCAGCAGCUGAGAGAGCAGUGUAAAGCCCUGCAGGACGUGCAGAAAGAAAAGUCACUGAAAGAAAAAGAACUGGUAAAUGAAAAGUCUAAACUGGCAGAAAUAGAGGAAAUUAAGAGUAGACAAGAAAAAGAAAUCAAUAAAUUAAGUGAAGAACUCAAAUCCCACAAACAAGAAAGCAUAAAGGAAAUGACAAAUCUUAAGGAUGCCAAACAGCUUUUGAUUCAGCAGAAAUUAGAACUUCAAGGAAAAAUGGACUCCCUGAAGGCAGCUCUUGAACAGGAGAAGAAGAACCAGCAGGUGCUAAAAGAGCAGGUGAAACAGGAGGCAGAUGAGCUGAAGAAGGAAUUUACUGAGAAAGAAGCACAACUGCAUUUCGAAAUAAAAGAAAAAGAAGCUGGAAUGAAGAAGCAUGAAGAAAACGAGACAAAGCUCACGAUGCAGGUCACAGCACUGAAUGAGAAUCUGGGUACCGUCAAGAGGGAGUGGCAAUCUAGCCAGCGGAGGGUGAGCGAACUGGAGAAGCAGACAGAUGACCUGCGUGGGGAGAUUGCUGUGCUGGAGGCCACGAUCCAGAACAACCAGGACGAGCGCAGGGCGCUGCUGGAGAGAUGUCUUAAAGGAGAAGGUGAGAUAGAAAAGCUUCAAACCAAAGUUCUAGAACUGCAGAGGAAGCUGGACAACACAACUGCGGCCGUGCAGGAGCUGGGCCGGGAGAACCAGUCCUUGCAGAUCAAGCACACACAAGCUCUGAACAGGAAGUGGGCCGAAGACAACGAGGUGCAGAACUGCAUGGCCUGUGGGAAGGGCUUCUCGGUGACUGUGAGGCGGCAUCACUGCCGACAGUGUGGAAAUAUCUUCUGUGCUGAGUGUUCAGCUAAAAAUGCCUUAACUCCUUCCUCCAAGAAGCCUGUCCGUGUCUGUGACGCGUGUUUCAAUGACCUACAAGGGUAGUGAGUUUUCACAGCUACAGAGUGACACUGCACUAUUAGCUUUGUAGUCAGCGUGCUGCAGAGAACUCUUGGACUCCUGUGUGACUUGGAUCCUGGUGCAGUACUAAACCAAAUUAGAGCUCGUCUAUUUUGGAGUGUUGUCAAUGUCAAGGCAACUCUUCUAUUUUUGUGAGACUUGGGCUCAUUGUUCAUCACUUUUUUUCCAUUUCGCCCCGGAACAGCUUUCACACCAAGCGUAGAUUUAGCCAAUGAAAUGUAAAUAAACUUUGGACAAAAAAAAAAGCAAUGUAUUUUUUUAAAUAUAAUUUUGUUGUUCACAAAGGAAGAAUGCAAUUCCAUAGCUUGCUUCUUUCUCCCAAAUUGAAUGUGCAGAAAUGUACCUGGAUGAUGCUAUCAUUUGUGGCUGUUCUGUUGCACAGUUGCACAUUAAUUACAUUGAAUGUUCUCUUUGUAAAGUCAUGCUCAGAACUGUCACACCUUCUGAGGAUCUUUUUCUUUCACCUGUAGGUUCAUAGCUCAGUUGCAUUGUUAUGUUAUGAAUUUGCAACUUGAGUGUUCUAAAAUACAAUUUGUCUUAAAAUAUGUAUUAGCCAUACAUUCAAAAAUGGUUUUUGGUUUAAUAAUGUUGAUUAAAUUAUCUUUGGUGGAUUUUAUGAGAACCUCUGUAAAAUCAGUUUGCUUAUUUUAUGGUCAUCCUAGGAUUGUAUUUUAAAAAUUAGGAUUAAUUUUAUCUUUUUGUCUCUUUCUCUCUCCUUUUGAAACUCCCCCAUGUUGUCUAUUAAGAGUCCUACAAAGCUUCCCACCCUCGCCCUCAGUAAGAGGAUGAAACAUAGAAAUUGUUUAAUGUCCCUGUCCUCAGCUUCCUUUAAGCGGGAAGCCUUCCAAGAUUAGCCUUCAUGUCACAUCCUUGAUUUGUCUCUGGCAUCCUCAGAACCCGAGUUUACUUUUUAAAUGGAUUUGCUUUUUUCCUUACUUGGUUUAACCUUCCCAAGCAUAGCUCAGCUUCACUGUAAUUGUUUUAUAAUUCUGCAUCUUAAAGUUAGUAACUAAUAUUGCUAUAGUCUUUUCUAUGAAAACAAAGUACAGAAUGGCAAGAAGACACUAAAUAUUUUACUUUAUAUUUUGUUCUUAACUAAUAGGGAAGACUUUCUUAAAGUUUUAAAAUUGACUUAAAUUUAAAAUGGUUCUGAGUUUGAGGUUCCAUUCAACUGGGAAAUCUUUUUAACUUUGCAAAAAUAAUGCUGCAAAGUUUACUUGCAAGUAACAACUGAAAAAUAGAGUAUUACCAAAAGCAAAUAUAUUUAGGAAUCUCAAAGUCACAAUAAAAGCUAAAACAGAAUGUCUGAGCACCUAAGGAUAAUUAAGAAUUGGCCUGUUUGUAGACUGAACAACAAGUUGAACUUUAACUUAGUAUAAUCUUCUUAACUCGGAAAAUUGGAACACAUCUGAAGAGAGAGAAGUCAUUAACACUGGCUUAUUAAUCUUUCUGGAGAAGAAAAGUAAAGUUAUACAUUCGUUCAAUGUGAUCAUUUAAUAACAAUAGAGAAGAAUGGGAGUUAAUAUGCCAUUUAUAGUAAAUAGUUCAUAAUACAUACUUGCUUUCAGAUAUCACACUGAAAUAAAGUUACCAUGUUUAUGCUAUACCGCGAUGUAUAUAAACUGAAAGAGAUUGCCAUUUAUUUUUUAAAAACUAUUAAGUAAACCCUGUUGUCAAUAGCUACUAAAGCACUUAAGUCCCUGGACUUGGAUAAACAUGCAUCCUUGACCAUAUGUCAUGGGGAAAUGCAGUGGCUCUUUAUUAAAAGUAAUAGUUGGAUAAUAUCUACUGAGCUGUUUAUGCAUUUUCAUGUACUUAUAAAUCCUUCCAAAUUGUCUUAAUAAUAUACUUUUACAUAUGAAUAACUUAAUAAGUGUGCUGGAAAAUUACGGUUAUUCACAGCACUGCUGUUUAUUUUUUUAAGGUAACAAAGCUUCAUGAGAAUUCUGGAUUAGCCAUUGGUUCACUUGGUCUCCCGAGGACACACUGUUGACCUCCCUGCCUCCCCUGGCCCCUCAAUCUCAGAAAUCCUGUGGGACAGCAAAUACAGCCAUAUGUGCUUGGAUGAUUUUCUCAUUUUUACAUAACCAAUUUUACAAGUUCUGAAUAACUUACCCACCAUAGGCUACUAUACUGAUAACCUAAAUGAAACCUAACAUUUUUGCGAUGAACACUCACCAAUUUAAUGUGUUUUGGAAGCUCAAAGUUUUUUUUCCUUUUAAUGACAUGGGCCGGUCUUGUCACAUGGCGGUAAGUUAGAGCUGGCUGAAUGGAGCCCAGCUCUCGGCUUAAUGCAGGCAUACUGGCAUCCAGGUUAGUAAACACCUAACCCAGCCCAGAAGCAAGAGUGGACAUCUGCCUUGCUGGGUUAGUGUACAGUACACAGACCUACAGAUUUCUUUCUAGACGAAGCUGCUGGCCAGGAUUUGUUCGUUGUGAAGAAAAACAGAGGGAAACAAACACAAAACCUCAAUGCAGUGUACAAAUAGCAUUUUGUUGAACUACCUCUUAAUGUGGAAUUCGCUAGUUAAUAGUUUCCUCACAGUAAUGUUAAAUAGCAACUGCCAAAUUGGUUCUUUUCCCGCCUCUCUUAAGAAGUCUGUGGUUAUUUUAUAUAGUUUUGAGAACUUUAAGCCACUUUUUUUUAACCUUGCAUUUGCAUAAAAACGUUUAGCUUUUAAGUGGAGAGCAGAUUAUGAUCAUAUAUUUUGAUAUUCAUGACCUGUUUGACUAUAGCAGUUUUUUUAAAAAAAUGCACUUUGGCUAUAAAAUCAUGGAUGACUCGAUUCAGCAGAUUUAAUGUGCCGUUACUUCAGUGUUCCUGGAUGUGAGCUUGAGGAAUGGUAUCUGUAAUUAUAACGUGCCACACAUUAUCGUGUCUUAAUUGCCCUUUGCCUGAACUUUAAUGAUCAAUUUGUUAUUGUUGCAGAUGUGAAUAUUGUGCAUAAACUUACUAAAUUUAUGUAAAAUUGUAUAAAGUAGAAUUGGAAGUUGCUAAGGUCUUUCUGUGUAGAAGUAAUAAAUUUAUUGUGACAUUAUGCUGUUAUGUACAAGACAUUCUGAACUUCCUGGAAUUGUAUCAUAUGAUCACAGCCUCUGUAGAUAACUUUUGCAUGGAUAUUUCUCAUUUAGUUUUGGGGUUCAUUAUUUGUAUUGUGUUUACUACUUGUGAUCAUGUAGUUGUGCCUUAUUUUGUGAGAGAGUUUAGCUCAGUAAAUACUGUAAUUUCUAAACUCAGUGAUUGAAAGAUUAUUGAUUAUAAAUGUAGCUGAUAAAAUCACAUGACAGCAUUUAAAUCUGUAUAAAGAACAUUGGAAGGAUCCUUACUGAAUUGUUGCUUUUGUUUUUUUAAUAUGUUAAAGAUGAUAUUAAAAAAUUUCUUUCUAGUA